AAUCGGCGGCGCCGGGCCAGGGGUCAGAGCCAAUGGACCUGCAGCGCGGGCUUUUCAAUUAAAUUUUCCCGCCCAGUGGGGAAAAGACUGCCUAUAAAAGGGUGCUGCGCGGGCCCGGGGGCGUCUUUAGGGUGUCAGCCGCUGAGCUCUUGAGCUCUCGUCCCCGUCGCCGUCCGCUAUGGCGCGCACGAAGCAGACCGCCCGCAAGUCGACCGGCGGCAAGGCCCCGCGCAAGCAGCUGGCCACCAAGGCGGCCCGCAAGAGCGCCCCGGCCACGGGCGGCGUGAAGAAGCCGCACCGCUACCGGCCGGGCACCGUGGCGCUGCGCGAGAUCCGGCGCUACCAGAAGUCCACCGAGCUGCUGAUCCGCAAGCUACCCUUCCAGCGGCUGGUGCGCGAGAUCGCGCAGGACUUCAAGACGGACCUGCGCUUCCAGAGCUCGGCCGUGAUGGCGCUGCAGGAGGCGAGCGAGGCCUACCUGGUGGGCUUGUUCGAGGACACCAAUCUGUGCGCCAUCCACGCCAAGCGCGUCACCAUCAUGCCAAAGGACAUCCAGCUGGCCCGCCGCAUCCGCGGGGAGCGGGCCUAAGAAGCGCGAGCUCCGUUCCACGUCCGGUCGUACACAAAGGCUCUUUUCAGAGCCACCCACGGCGCUCCUUGGGAAGAGCUGUACCGCUUGUCCUCCGGGUUGGGGGGGGGGGGCGUUGGGGCCCGGAAAGCCUUGCUUAGGCCUAGGCUUAGGCUUCUGGCAGAGGUGGGAAGGACGUGUCCCUUGCUGCCCCGCCUCCUGGUCGCUACGCUCCUGUGGGCGGGCGGGGCUCGCCGCUGCGUGUUCCCGGCCCUGCUCCUUUGCGGCACUCGCGGGCACUAGCACAGCCACACCCAGGUGCGUCCCUUGCGCUCCCUGUUCGGCCGCCUCGCGGUGGGAAAAGCGGCGGCCGGGACAGCGGGUCCUGGGGUAGGAGCCUCGGUUACCAGCGGGCGCUCAGGAUUUGUGGUCCGCAGGGUCCUUAGGUUGGACUGAGCAGGGUGGAGCCAGGAGCUCUGAAGGAGGACCGUAGGCCGCGGGAAGGAUCUGAGGUCCUCGGUUACAAGGGGCCUCUCCUGUCUUGUCCGCGAAGUGCAGUGGUUGAAUUGGGCUGUCUUCUCCUGGGAUGAGCGCUGUGCCCGUUUGUCGGACGUGUUUACCCGUCCCUCAAUCCUGCCUAAAUGACUUAACGGGGCAGUACUCUGCGAGUUGUGCUUUUUGGAGGGAACCCCCGCCCCAAGUCCUGGUUCAGUGGGUGUUCGGAAUUUGGGGGCUCGGUUCCCCGUGCAAACUGGCCCACACUCUGCAGUAGCAUGUGGUGCCACUCAUCGACUCCUCAUAUUUUGUUAGAGCUUGUGCGGACUCCUGAGGAGUUUCCCCUGUGUUUUUCAUUUUCGAUAUUCCCAGCAUCGAUUGUUGUGAGCUUUCUCUUUUCCGGAUCUUGCCAGAAGAUGGUGGUUCCCGGUCUAUUAUCCCAACACAACAUGGCCAAGUAAUGCCCCAGGUACUUCCGGAUAGGCCCGGGCCAGGUGUGGGAUCCAUGUGUCUGCGAGUUUUAAGAGUCCGGGCCUGAGCAUGGUCAAGAUGGCAUGGUGCUUGGGCUUCAAUGACCGCCGUAACCCAGGCCACUUUCUGAGAGCUAGAAGCUGGGCAGUAUCCUUCCCUGCUCUUGUGUAUACCGCAAUACCUCCUGGAAGACAUAUCGCCUGAGAUGCAGCCAGGAGCUGUGUAAGUAUUUGCGAGGUUGUGUGUGGCCCAAGGCUCUGAGUUCAAAUUCCUGGGUGGCACUGAACAUAUGUCCCUCUCCCCUACGGCAUCUUACCUCAGAAGCUGUGAAUUCAGCCUGAGGUUGGCUUCGGGAGGAAUUCCUCGCCAGGUGAGAGAAGUCAAAGACUAGCCUGUUUUGGCUAGGGAGACGGGCAAAGAUCUUGAACACUACAGAUGCGCCUUAACUCUGCACCUAGAAAGGGCCAGCGAUUGUGUUUGUGUCUCAGUACAGCUGAUGGGUAAAAGCAUCGGCAAGAAUUCACAGAGGGGUAGAAAUGAAGCAGAAAGACUUUCGAAGUUUUUACUCUUCAAAAAAGUGCAGAAGGGAGAGAACUGAGAGGACUGUGUCCACUCCAGGAGGUUCCUGUUUUUAUUUCUAGUCUCAAGGAUUUUCAGAAUAGGUUGUUAUGGGCUGAAUUAUGCCCACUCACCCCCAGUAAUAUGUUGAAGGCCUUCCCUUAGUUCCUCAGAAUUCGACUGUAUUUGGAGAUAGGAUUAAGAGGUGAUUAAAUUGAAAUGGAGCCAUCAGGGUGGGGCCUAGUACAGAAUGACUGGAGUCUUUAUGAGAAGGGAGGUUCAGCACACAGGGAGGAGCGUGUGGAAAAGCCAGCAUUUUGAUGUUGGCUUUAUAGCCUCCAGAAUUGUGAGAAAAUAAAUUUGUGUUACUAAAGCUGUGGGAAGCUGGGUGUGGUGGUGCACACCUAUAUUCCCAGCACUUGGGAGGCUGAGGCCAGCCUGAAUUACAUAGUGAGUUCAAGACCAGCCUGGACUCCACAGUGAGAGCCUGUCUCAAAAACAAAACAAAAAUAAACAAAUAAAUAAAGCUGUGGUGGUGUUUUGUUGUAGUCGCCAGCUAUGAUUUGGGUAUGGUUUGAGAUAUGUCCCCUGAAAGUUUCAUGUGUGCUGAAAGUUGUGCCACCACAAAGUUGUAUGUGGCCCCCAGGGUAUCAUGUUGAGAAGUGGUAGAACCUUCAGGAAAUGGGGCCUAGUGCAGGGUAAGUAGCUCACGGGGACAUCACCCUGGGAAGGGUUUAAUGCUAGUCUUAUGGAAUUAGUUCUUGCAAGAGCUGGCUAUUAUAAAAGUGAGAGCUCCCCACAUGCUUUUCCCCUUCUGCGCUGGCUAUUCACCAUAUUUGACACAGCCAGGAACCCCUUUUCAGGACACCACUGUCAGAAUUGUGA